UUUAACUGACGUUAAACAUAAUUUAGUUCGCAACAACAAUGGCGAUAAGUGUUUUAAAAUAUUGACCACAGUGUUUAACAUUUAUAUAUAAAAGAGACGUCUAAGAUGAGAAAAAUCGCAGAUAACCGUGAGGGAAUAUAUUUACUUCUAUCAAAGGGGCACAUUUUGUCUGGCUGUGAUGUUCAAAAACUUCGUGAUUCCUCCACAAUCGGAGAAUGGAGUCCUGGAAUCACCUAUGGCAACAAUCGAAAGUCAAUCUUCAUACGAGGGUUCGACACAAACCCGAUGCUUAAAUGCAGAAAAGCAAUUGAUGGAGUUGCCUGAAGAUAUACUUUAUCUAUUGUUUCGUUACUUGGAUCUUUGUUCCUUGGGACGCCUAUGCCGUGUUUGUCGGAAACUGCGUCGUCUGAUAUAUACAGAUAGUGUAUGGCUGCGAUUCACCAGACAACAGAUGGUGAUUAAAGAUCUGGGUCAUCGGCCUAAAGGCAAAUCCUGCACACCUAACUUGAAAGAACAGUACCGUGUGACUAGAAACUGGAUUAAAGGGAGGAAUCGAGAGACUGCAGUUGUGAAAUAUCGUUCAAAACAGCUUCCAUGGAUGCAUUUUGAUGACGAUUAUAAUAAAACAAUGUGGUUAUCUAUUGGCUCAUACAUAAAGUGCUAUAAAGUUCUUUCAAAUGGGCUCUUUCAUGAAAACUGUCAACGAAUGCUUGGACCAUUGCCCAGUGAUGUGACUCGAUUUGUAUUUAAAGAUUCUGUAAUUGUCACUGGAUGUAGAGAAGGGAGCGUGGUGGCUUGGGAUUGCAACACACAAGAGAAGCUGUUCCACUGUGCAAAUGUCCACAAAGAAGAUUCUCAAUGCGUGGAUUUUCAUGGUGACAUCAUUGUUUCAGGUUCUCGUGAUGCAACUAUCAAGAUUUUAAACAUGCAAGAGAAAGACAGCAAGAGACAAGUUCGAGCAACACUUCAUUCUGAAGAUCGUCUAUGGUCUGUGGCAAUGAAUCCAGAUGGAACGUCUUUUACAUCAGGAAAUGCUUGCUGUAACAGUAAAUUUCCCUUACAAGUUUGGGACUUGUACAAAGGCAUUCUCGAUUGUAGUUUGGGGAGUAAUCAUCGACAUGGAGCUGGUGUAUUGGAUAUAAAAUAUGAAACACCUUUUACUCUGCUCUCUUGUGGUUAUGAUUCUUUUGCUCGUCUCUGGGAUCUUCGUACCAACAAAUGUGAAUUAAUGUGGGAAGAACCUUUCAAUUCUGCUGUCUAUUGUGUGAAAACUCAUGGGAACUACACGAUGUUGACCGGUACUGCAAGGCAUGGUAUGACUAGGCUAUGGGACAAACGAGUUACAAAGUCAAUACAGUUUUACUAUGCUGGUCAACGAAGUAGUCCGGUGUAUUCAAUGGCUUUUAACUCUAAACAUCUUUACCUGGCUUUGGACAAAGGUGUUAGCUUGCUUGACUUCACAGUUUAUAAAUAAUAACUAGUCAAAAGGCUUUACAGUAUUACUAAUGCAUUGAAGUACAAUUUUUUAUUCUAUCAUGAACAUUGUUGAAUUAUAUAGAUAUAUAGAGCAGUGCUUUCUUUAAACUGAGACUAGUUCAAAUUUUGUUUAAUUUCUCAGCUUUUCUUUGUAAACAAAGAAUACACAUCUUAAUCUUGAAAUUUUCAGGGUAUACACUAUAACAUUAAUAAGAUUAUGUAUUAUAAUUUUGUAUUCUAAUCAGUCUUUUUUUAUUUAUUUAUUUUUUGUGUGAAUUGAAUCAGAACAGAAUGAGUUAAUUAUAUAGCUCUACCAAAUAUUGAUAGUUUUUUCGUUUUUGAUUUUUUGUGGGAAUUGAAUCAGAAUUUGCAAAUUAUAUGGCUCUAGCAAAUGUUGAUAGUUUCUCCUUUCCUCCUUCCCCAGUUGAACCCUUUGAAAGUGGUGAGACUAAUGUGGUUUGUAUUUAACUUUGAAUUUCUGUGAAUCAGUAUCUGUCUGGAACAUGUGGGCAGCGAGGGAAUUUUGGAGGAUUAUGUGGAGAAAGGCUUAGGCUAAGUGGUCAGUGUGAGAUAUGUUGACAAAAAAGAGGGGAGAUGCACAUUUCAGGUUUGCUUGAGUGGGGGAGGUGUAGUAUUUAAUUUUUCUUGCAAUCAAAUACAUUCUGCUUGUGACCAUUCCUACCUUUUUUUCUUUCCAUGACAUAGUACAUCAAGAAUUGCAUAUCUGAUGUGUCCUUAAUUUUUUUUUAAGAUGGUAAGGUAUGAUUUCAGAGAGAUUUGAUUGCUAUUUCUUGCAUGUUGGGUGACCAUGCAGAGGCUCCUUUGUUGUCUCUUUAAAUCAAAUGAUGUUUUUGUCUUCUGGUUGAUUCAUAUUAGCAUUUACUUAUAAACUGUAAUUAAUAUGAAUAUUUGGGCAUUUAUCUCAAGGUGAUAUCUUCUUUUAUAAAUUUAUCUUAUAUAUUCACUAACAUCUAUAUGAAAUAUAAGUUUCUGAAGCUAAAGUCUUUUAAACAAAGAAUACUUUAUAAUGCAUACACUCAGUGGAUACUUGAUAAAAAUCAGAUGGUUUUCUGUUUUCCUUUUCAACUUAGCCUGAAUUCUAUAAAUAACUUAAUUUUUCCAUUAUGGAAAGAAAAAAAUUAUUUCUCUGGCAGGUGUUUUGAUGCACUCUUAAGAUUUCCAAAGACCAUGUUUGUGACUUUGAUUCAAUUCCCAGUUUGAAUUGUUUUUUAUACUUCAGAUAUUUUUUUUUCUGUGGAAUAGGGCAUCACCAAGAUAUCUUAAAUCCCCUUCCCUUA